AAACCUUCUGUGCUGGUGCUGAAAAUGAAAAUUCCCUCAUCUUUGGAUCUGCAGUCUUUCGACCUUGCAAGCAAUCUUACCGCUGCCCUCAACGAAGUUGUUAAAGACUCGGUCAAGCGAGUUAGAAGGUCCAAGAGAUCACUGCUAGAUCAGGAUCAGAACUACUUUGUUCAGGUCCACAAGAUCGAACGAAACGGAAACGCUGUGCGUGUUUUAUUCUCCGUAAACGAGACUGAAGUGGACUCGUCUAUGGUCGAGAAAGAUCUCUCGUCUUUGGAUCGCAACUAUCUAAUGCGUUUUUUUAGUUUUCCUGUAAGGGAUGUCAAAAUCACCCGAGCUAGAUAUCAAUCUGCUUUUUAG